AUAAAGAGAAAGAUACGAUCGCACAAUUAAUAGCAAAUAGUGCAACGCGACAUAAAGUGAUUAGCUUGGAGAUCAUGAUGAAAGGAAUGUUUGUUGUGGCAGUUGCCACAGUUGUGGCUUUUGCUUCUACCACUGGAGCCGUUGAAUGCCCACCGCAUAAUGACGUGAAUGUCACGCUUCUUCCAAAUCCAGAAGAUUGCAAGACAUACUACUCGUGCAACGAAGGCAUACCAUACUUGAUGUUCUGCAACCCAGGACUUGAAUUCAAUCCCGUAGAAAAAGUUUGCGAUUUCCCAGAACAUGCAAACUGCAGGAGUCGUCCUUCCGGCAGCAGCAGCCCGUCGCCUUCAUCUCCAGCAGGAACACCUUCGACAGAUAAACCACCUACUCCAGGACCCUGUCUUUCGGAAUUCCAUCACCAUUCCUCUGAAUCACCCCGCCCUUCAGAAAGGCCCCAUCCUUCAGAAAGGCCCCAUCCUACAGGAAGGCCUCAUCCUACAGGAAGGCCUCAUCCUACAGGAAGGCCCCAUCCUACAGGAAGGCCCCAUCCUACAGGAAGGCCCCAUCCUACAGGAAGGCCCCACCCUACAGGAAGUCCCCACCCCAGCAGCAGCACUGAACUGCCCAUCACUGCAGAAACUUCUCCUUCUUCCUAAACACUGAAACUAUACUAUCAUCCGCUAAUGACUGUAGGUUCUUAUAUGCAACAUAUAAAUUAGAAUUGUAGAAUGUGUUAAAUAUACUUAAAGUGCAAUAAA